AUAUUUUUAAUAAAUUAUAUAUGUGGAUGAGGUGUCACAAUGAAUCGCCUAGCAACCAUGGUGAGUUAGUCAACAUUCUAGUGCGACAAACAAGGGGAUACAAUUCGGCAAGAGCAUGUGUUUAUCAUCCUCAACAUUGUAACAUUUCCAGCUUUUAUAAUGCCACGAACGAGAGAUCCCUUUCCUUUUCCUAAAACUGAGAACGACUACUCAUUGACUGGGGCAAGGCAAUGUCAGAAAGAGCCAUUUGAUAAACCAACUCACAUAGCUCAAAAUGACGAACCGUGGAGUCGUCUAAAUGACAGGGCUACUCUAGCCAGCAUUAGGAGGAAUGUCCGGUAUCAUGACCGGCAGGCACCUAAAGACAGCCUAGACUUCCAUUUGAAAUCAACCUAUGACCACCACCAAGAGUUCCUCAGUAGUAAGAACCAGACCUUAUACCAGAGGGAGACUUUUACUGACGACCAUGGGAGGACUCUGAAGAACCGUGGAAAACAUGAAGCGCCCUUGUGUGAAACCAAGACAGAAGUUAAAGUAUGGAUGAACUCACAGAAGUCUUCCAUCUACAGCAUUGAGGGAACAAUAGAAUCUCAUCACAACGCCUCUACUAACAGGGGAUACUCUAGGAAGCACGACGGAGGAUUCUACUCCACCUAAUAAUAGUCACACAACUCACUCAGUGGGCGAUGGACAUCACUGAACUUCCAGUGAACUACCCCCUACACAAGAUCAUUACUAUAUUUAAGUAUUCAAGUCGCUGAAACAUCUUAAAAUAUAAGCAUUCCUUAACUUUGACAGCAUAGUUGUUGAGUGGUGGUUGCAUUUUCAGCACAGAAGCCAACAGUUGUGUGAAAGUAUGAACCUUAUAACAUCAAAAUGUUUGUUUGGUUGCACAUUGAUCAAAUGUUUGUUUGUUGCCACCCAGGCUUUUUUUUUUAAUUGAGAGGAAGCAGUAGAGCCACUGAAUUUCUGUUAUAAAACUAACCUGGCA